AUGCAGGAUACAAUGAUGAAAUAUGUGAGCGUCUAUUUCAAAUUCAAAGGGGAGAUCUCUUGUGUAACCUUGAAGACAACAGUGGAGGAUAUAAGUUUGGCAAUGCUAGAAGAAAAGUUGUAUAAAAAGCUUGCGUUGGAUGAAAGUAAGGGAAAUGAUGAUGUUUAUGAUGAAAUCGGACCGAAGGCCAUAACUCUGUAUGUAGAAAAUGGUCAAGCAAAUCAACAGAAGGAUCCGAUAGAUGCAGAGAAUGAUUUUAUGGAGACGGACACCGCAGCGGAGACAGACACUGCAGCAGAGACAGACACUGCAGCAGAGACAGUCACCGCAGCUGAAACGGACACAGCAGCUGAAACGAACACAGCAGCUGAGACGGACACCGCAGCAGAGACGGACACGGCAGGUGAGACGGGUAUGGCUGCAGAUAAGUAUGUUGAGCAGCCACCUAUAAAAAAAGGUAGUCAGGUUAUAGAGGCUUGGGAAGACGGUUUGGAUCUGUAUAAAUUUCAGGAGUUUCCAAGUAAGAGAGCACUUCAAGAGGUGGUCGAUAGAGCUGCAUUUGGUGAAUGUUUUCGUUAUGUUAUCAAAACGUCGGACCGGAGACGAUUGGUGUUAAAAUGUUGUGAAGCAACCUGUAAGUGGAGUUUACGAGCUGCAAAGAUUUCAGAGACUGAAAUUUUUUCAGUUAGGAGGUACACGGGUGUGCAUACAUGCUCUCGGUCUAAUCAAAGUAAAAGCAGCAACAUCAAGAGGAAAGGCUCAGCAGAAUUAGUUGCAACUUUUCUGAAUGAGGAAUAUCCUGGAAAACUAAGUACUCCCGUUCCGAAAGAUAUCAUGGAUCUUAUAAAGUUAAAACUUGGUGUAACAAUAUCCUACUCUACAGCCUUGAGAGGGAAAAAUCUAGCUAUUUCUGAGUUGCGUGGUGGUUCGGAAGAGAGCUACAAGAUGCUAUAUAGCUACUUGUAUAUGUUAGAGCAGGUCAAUCCGGGAACAAAAACAGGGGUGAAGUUGGAUGAGGCAAAUAAGUUCAAGUACCUCUUCGUAGCUCUGGGAGCUUGUAUCGAAGGUUUUGCAGCCAUGAGGAAGGUGAUAGUUGUCGAUGCCACAUUUCUGAAGAAUGGAUAUGGUGGUGUACUAGUAUUUGCUAAAGCUCAAGAUCCUAAUCGUCACCAUUAUCCGCUUGCGUUUGGUGUACUCGACGGUGAGAAUAAUGCUAGUUGGACAUGGUUUUUCGAGAUGCUCAAAACUGCUAUACCAGACUCUUCUGAAUUAGUAUUUAUGAGUGAUAGAAACCAGAGCCUAAUCGCGGCUGUAGCUAAUGUGUUUCCACAAUCUCACCAUGGCCAUUGUAUAUGGCAUUUGUCUCAGAAUGUGAGAGGGCAUGCUUGUAACACAACAAAAGCCGUAGUCGCAUGGAGAUUUAUGGAGUUGGCUAGGUGUUACACGAUGGCUGAGUUCGAGUCUGCUUACGCAUCUUUUAAGGUGAGAUUUCCUCCAGCUUACAAGUAUUUGGAGGAGCAUACGGAUAAACACACAUGGGCUCGGGGUUAUUUCCCAGGUGUGAGAUACAACUUGGAUACUAGCAACAGUGUGGAGUCAAUGAACAGCAUCUUUAGGGACGCCAGGAGGUAUGCUUUAAUACCAUUGUUGGAUACAAUCAUCAAAAAGUUUUCAGACUGGUUCAAUGAACAUCGGAAGGACUCUGUGACUGGGUCGAUUGAUAUCAAACUGGUUCCGCUUGUCGAGAUUCACUUGCAUAACCUAUGGAGCACAGCUGAGAAAACACCAGUGCGUGAGUUUAAUAGUUAUGAGCUUGAGUACGAGGUAACCGACACUGAAAAUGGGAAGAAUUAUGUUGUGAACUUGAAAGAGAAGAGCUGUAGCUGCAAGGUGUAUGAUUAUGAAAAGUAUCCUUGUCUGCACGGACUUGCUGCUUACUUAUAUUUCCCUGAGGUUGAAGCUGAUCCUGGUCGUCAACGUGAUGUCAAGAUAGAGUAUCAUGAGUUGUGCUCGAAAUAUUACUGGACGGAACUUUGGGCAUUGGCUUAUUACAAGACCAUUUAUUCUGUGCCGGACAGGUGUGAUUGGAAUGUACCAGAUCACAUCAAAGAGCUUCAGAUCAUACCUCCAGAUUGCCUCAAGAGGAAGGGAAGAAAAAAGAAUAAGAGGAAUCCAUCUGUUGGCGAACGACGUAAAAGGACACAAAACAUAAGGCGACCAAGGCAAAAUUUUGGUUUCAGUUGGCUGUUGUUUGGAAUGCGUAGUAGUAAUCCCAAUGAAUCAAACUAG